CCGACCCGUUUCUGCUUCGGGUCUGAUUAGAAACGGCAUGGGCCAUGGCGGCUGUUUCUCUCACCAGCUUCUUCUUUGGUACAUCGCCCCCAUCAUCUUCUCAGUCCGACUCUCUCGUAUUGUAUUUGAAAACAAGGAACUUUGCUUCUUGCUGCUUCUUCUUCUUCUUCUUCUUGGGCUGCCCCGGAGAAUGCAGACGCUCAAGUUCUUUCCACCUAACCACAGUCUCAGUCCACCCAACUUCCCUUCGGAUCGUGGGUCCUGUCGGGCGAGCUCAAAGGCUGGAUUUUUUUCCAGUUUCGGCGGCGUGUCCUUCCGGCGACAUAGCUAUGGAGCUCCGAGUAGGGUUCGGAUUAGAUGUGGAGCAUCGCAGGACCCAGAGGGUGAUGAUGGGUAUUACAUAAGGAGGUGUGUGGAGCUUGCAAGGACAGCCAUUGGGCGCACAAGCCCCAAUCCUAUGGUGGGCUGUGUCAUUGUUAAGGAUGGGAAGGUUGUAGGCGAAGGCUUGCACCCUAAAGCGGGUCAACCUCAUGCCGAGGUAUUUGCUCUGAAAGAUGCGGGUGGUUUAGCCGAGAAUGCGACCGCCUAUGUGAGCCUGGAACCGUGCAACCACUAUGGGCGGACUCCACCAUGUACUGAAGCCCUGCUUAAGGCCAAAGUGAAAAAGGUGGUUAUCGGAAUGGUGGACCCCAACCCGAUUGUGGCUUUGAAAGGGGUUGAUAAGUUGAGAGCUGCGGGAGUUGAGGUGACUGUGGGCGUGGAGGAGGAGCUGUGCAAGAAUCUGAACGAGGCAUAUAUUCACCACAUGUUAGUUGGAAAGCCCUUUGUUACCCUCAGAUACUCCAUUGCUCUAAAUGGCCAAGUUCUAGAUAACCUUGGUGAAGGAGCUGAUGAGUGUGGGGGAUACUACUCGAAGUUAUUGCAGGAAUACGAUGCUGUCAUAAUUUCUUCGACCUUAUUGGCCAAGAAAUUAUCAGUUCCCAAGUCCCAAGAACCUGGGGCUAAUCAGCCUAUGAGGAUUGUAGUAUCAAAGGGAUCCAAUCCCAAGCUUGAUGUUCCUGCACUCGCCUCGGACUUUGGCUCUAAGCUUAUAAUCUUUUCAGACAGGGAGAGAGUUCGAGAGCCAGACCUUGCCACUGAUGGAAUCGAGACUGUUGUUUCCGAUCAAAUAAAUAUGCAUGAGAUCUUGGAUUAUUGUAAACGUCAAGGGAUCUGCAGCGUAUUGGUGGAUUUGAGAGGGGAUAUCAGUGAUCUCGAAGAGCUUCUCGAAGAGGGCAUUGAAAAGAAUUUGGUGCAAAAGGUUUUAGUGGAGGUGCUGCCGUUUUGGGAUGGAAACUAUGUUCAUGGAAGCGCACAAUUGACAAGAAUUGCGAAUGGAUUGAAAAUAAAGAACCUAAAGCCCAGAGUUAUCGACAAGAGCAUUAUUUUGGAGGGGUAUUUUCAGCAGUAAGUGGCCAGAGAACUCUUGAUGGAUCUGGAUGAUGUAUAAUUUGUAAUAAUGGCUCGAUGAAGUAUAGCUUCAUCGUAAUAGGAGCUGUGUCCAUAAUGACCAUUUUAAGAACCACCCGGUAACCCGAGAAAUGGGCUUUGUUACAUUGACUCUCAUCCUCAACCUGGAAACAAGAGUUUGUGAAGCUGAUAAUCAUUAGUGCUAUACUCUA